AUGACAUGGAGCCUGCAUGGACCAGAGCUUUCUAGACUUCUCUACACAAAUAUCUCCUUAGCCGCUGAUCAUCUAAGUCGAUACCAGUCAAUCAAUGGAACCAUGACCUUACUAUCCGCCGGAAAAAAGUUCCGGCUUGGCUUCUUCAGUCCCACCAAUUCCAGAAACCAGCAAUACUUGGGAAUAUGGUUUGACAGCAUCCCAACUCAAACUAUUGGUGAUGAUGGAAAUUUGAUUCUUCAAGACCAUAGAGAAAGAGUUGUCUGGUCUACGAAUGUCAAGAAUUUAUCAUCAAAUUCAACUGUUGCGCAGCUCUUAGACUCGGGAAAUCUUGUUUUGAGACAUGAAAGCAGAGAUGGUUAUAUUUGGCGAAGCUUUGAUCAUCCUUUUGAUAGCCUGCUAGCAGGAAUGAAGCUAGGAAGGGAUUUCAAAAAUGGCUUAAACUGGUAUUUGACGUCAUGGAAGAGUGCAGAUGACCCUGCUCCAGGAGAAUUUACUUAUGGCAUCGAUGCUCGUGGGCUUCCACAAUUAGUCAUCCAAAAGGGCUCUAUCAAGAACUUCCGAAGUGGGCCAUGGGAUGGUGAGCAUUUCAGUGGAAUCCUUCAUCUACCCAACCAUCUCUUCAACACCAAGGUCGUCACAAAUUCAGAGGAGAUGUAUUAUGGGUAUGGUCUCAACAAUGAAUCUCUUGUUACAAGGGCAGUCUUAAGUUCUUCGGGUUUAGUCAAACGUCAUGUAUGGAACAAUAGCACCCUCAAGUGGAUUGUCAUGAGUAUGGCCAGUGUGGUUCUAAUAGUAUUUGCACAAGCAGUAGCUCAAGAUUGGGAAAUGGUGAUCGGGUCUGGUGGGUGUAUUAGGAAAGAACCGUUGAAUUGUUCCAAAGGAGAAGGAUUUAUAGAGAUGAGGGGUAUAAAAUUGCCCGACUUCUUGCAGUUUUGGAUCAACACUAGUAUGAGCCCUAACGAUUGUAAAAUGGAGUGCUUGAAGAACUGUUCCUUUGUCAUGCAGCAUCCUCCUUAG